AUGAAGCGAAAUAACAUCUUCUUCCCUGGGUCGAGUAAACUUAGUUUAAACAGUCGAGUUAGUACUCGCCUUAGCGAUAUGCCGGUUUAUCAAAGUAAGCAGUCAAGGCAAUCAAGAAAAAGGUCAUUGUGGUCUGAAACAAAACAUUUUCUGAGCAUAAAAGAAAUAUUUCAACCGAUUAUGAAUAUAUUUCCUACUGUUGAUCCAAAACAUUCAGUCAGUCAGUUUGAUUUCUGGACAAAGUUUACAAAGAGUCCAAAUGCCAUCGGUCACAUACACUUCUCGCUUAGAUAUGCAUGUACUUUACGAACACUGAAUGUUGUUAUUAGUCACUUAACUGGUAUCAGUAAUUUUGAAAAGCGUUUCACUGCUUUUCCCAGUCAAGUUGAAUCAACAUUCGUUAUUGCUUUACGACUGCAACAAAAUAGAAAAAAUUCAAUUAAUAGGGAUGAAUUUCAAGACGACAGUGAUGGUUUAAGCAGAAGUUAUUUCACACUACCAGUACGUACAUCGUCAAAUCCACAUUUUGAUCAGUCAUUUGUAUUUCCUGUCACCCUGAACGAAUUGCGAAACACGGAAUUAGUAUUGACAGUUAUGCAUGUAAUAUCAACAGAUGAAUGCAGCAGUGGAUACAGCAAUAUAGAAGAAUCGCUUAUUCUCAGUGAGGCACUAAACUCACUAACUUCUCAACAGCCUGAUCAAUCUAGUCAGAUAUCACUUCAUUCACGGCUGAUCCCUGAGGAGAUGAAAUGCAUUGGUGUUGCAUUUUACAGAGUCGAUCAUGAAAAGCUAGUUCAUUAUCCAGAGGAAUUACUACAUGUAUGGCAAGAAUUAUUCAAGCCAUUAGACAAUGAAGACUUUACUUAUCUCGACAAAUCAACUAGAGAAAUGAAACCAAUUUCGCCAAAAGAGCACUGGAAACCCAUUGAAAGUAAUAAUCAAGAACAGGCGAGUUUCUAUAUAUCUGUGCACAAGGCUGGACAAGUUGAAUUAGCAACUGAACUAAUCUUUAGAGCAAUAUUCUGCCUGAAAAGUAUGGCUCAACAAUCUCUAAAAAGUCAACCAAUCGAAAUCGUCAAAAUCGACGACAACAAGACAUCACUGAAUACUGAUGCAAAAGACAGUUAUAUUGUUGAUCAAAUCACAAUACCUUCACAAGAACUCUUAUCAUUAGAUGUGGAUAUGGAUUAUAUAUUACAUUAUAAAGAUAUUCAAACAAUUUUUGAAAUAUUCUUUCGAACUAAUUCAUUUUGUCAGGCACGUUGUUUGACUAGAAUUGUACUCGGAUCAAAUGCAAUCAACACUAAUGAAUCAGCCAUGUUACAGUGGAAUGAUUUAAUUACAGAAGUGAAUAAAUUAAAAGCCUGUAAUUCACUUAAUUCAACAAGGAAGAUAACUUAUUGGCAUGAGAUUGACAAAUUUUCAUGA